AUAUUAGAGUACGCUGUCUCCCAACAUUUUCGAUGUAUGGGUGUCAAUACAUAAAUUAUUUAUGGAUGAGAACUUUUUAGACAACAAUAAUUUUUAGACGUUCAUAUGUGGUCAUACUGUGCAUGUUAUCAUUUAUAAACAAUUUAAAAGUCUUGAAAGUUUUAACUUAAGGCGCCAAUUAAACUACAAAAUGUCUCAAUUAAACUUGGAAAAGUACAAACAAGAAAUUAUUAAUACUUGGAAAGAUGUUGUCGACAACAAAACUCCUACUAACUGGGCCAUAUUUGGAUAUGAGGGUCAAACCAACAUCCUUAAAAAAAUUGGACAAGGUGAUGGUGGUAUUGAAGAAAUGAAAGAAGAUUUAAAUAGUUCCAAAAUUAUGUAUGCCUUCUGUCGAGUAUUAGAUCCUAAAACCAGUUUAUUUAAAUGUGUUUUAAUAAAUUGGCAAGGAGAAGGAGCACCUAUUGUCCGAAAAGGGACUUGUGCUAACCACAUUCGAGAUGUAUCUAACAUUUUAAAAGGAGCCCACGUUACUAUAAAUGCUCGUAAUGAUGAUGAAGUUGAUACAGAUAUAAUAUUGUCUAAGGUUUCAAAGUCAUCUGCAUCUGUUUAUUCAUUUAAAGAAAGACUUGAUCAAUCUGAAACCCAGGCUAAAAUUGGUACUAGUUACAAACGCAUUCAACCUAAUCUAGAAAUCAAUUCAAGUGAAAGAGACAAAUUUUGGGCAGAUGAAGAAGAAAAGGAAAAAAAAAGACAAGAAGAAGAAAAAAAUAGAAAAGAACAAGAAAAAAAGAAAAUUGAAGAAGAAAGACUUUCUAGAGAAGACACUGAAAGAAUACGAAGAGAGAAUGAUAUAACUGAAAAAUAUCAGAAACAAGAAGAUUCAAUUAAUAUUAUGAAAACCAUACCUGAACCUAAAAAUAUUAUUCAAGAACCUGUAAAUCAAGAAAAUGAAUCAAUUAAAUCUAUUGAAAUAGCAAAACCUGGAAUUGUAGAAGAAAAUAGUGAAGACAAAAAUAGUCAUGAUAAAAUUGAAAAUUUUGGUCUCAGAGCUGAGGCACUUUAUGAUUAUCAAGCAGCUGAUGAUACAGAAAUAUCGUUUGAUCCUGGUGAUAUUAUUUGUCAUAUUGAUCAAAUUGAUCAAGGUUGGUGGCAAGGAUUAGCACCUAAUGGAACUUUUGGUUUAUUUCCUGCUAACUAUGUUCAAUUACUUGAAUAAAACCUUAAAACGUUCUCUAAUAUAAUUCUUGAUUUAAUUUUUGUGAACAAACCUUAUCUGUUAAAUUAUAAUAUUUGAUUUUUUAUAUAUAUAUAUAUUUAUAAACUUAAUGUUUUGUAUUAAAUAAUUGAAUUAUUUUUCAUAAGACUAUUUCUUUUUUCUUUUUUUUUUUACUGAAAUGUAGAACUUAAUAAAUAAUUUAUUUAUUAUA